ACGAUACAUACAAUACUCGUGCUCUCCAGCACGAUGUGCACAAGUGGUAGCGAGUCUAAAGUGGCAGAAACUCUUGAAAAUUUUGGAUAAGCUCUUGUGUGCCGACUGCUUUUCACCAUCGUUGACAGACACUGAAGGAUUUGUACCCGCCACACAUUUCCUGUUGCUCGACAAUGACAAAAGGUGGAUUCGAUCUCCAGCAUGGCGACUGGAAAGCGACAGAAGCCGGCGUAUCCCGCCGUCCUGGCGGGUUAACGGCUGAAAACACCAGCCAGGAUGGCAGUGUGCCGGAUCGCACACGAUGGGGCCACAAAGCGGAAUUCGUGCUUGCCUGUCUCAGUCUGUCGGUUGGUCUUGGAAAUGUCUGGCGCUUCCCUUACAUCGCGUACGCCAACGGAGGAGGAGCCUUCUUGUUGCCAUAUUUAAUCGUCUUGCUCCUUUGCGGCAAACCGAUGUAUUUCAUGGAAGUGGCCUUUGGUCAGUACCAUCAAGAGGGACCGGUGACAAUAUGGAAGCGAGUGUCACCCAUCGGAAAGGGCAUCGGUAUUGCGCAAGUGGUCAUUCAGUUUAUGACGGCCAUGUAUUACAUUGUCAUCAUGGCGUGGACAAUGUACUACUUCUGGACGACAUUAAUCGCCGCUUGCCAAGGGCAACCAGUACCGUGGAGUGGUGAUUUUUGCACCACAGACUGGGCUCAUCGAGAUACCUGCCUAGUUUUAAAGGAAGCGGAAAAGCUCAACGCCAGUGAAAUUGAAGUUGUCACUUUUGACACUAAUGAGGCGCAUGACUUCAAACGGUAUUCAUCGGCACAACAGUAUUUCGAUCGGGUUAUCCUUAUGCGUUAUGACCAAGGAGGAGACGAAAGCACAAAAUAUGGACUCAAAAGUACCAUGGGUAGCGUAAACUGGAUUCUAACGGCAAAUCUCGCUGGUUGCUGGGUACUGGUGUUUCUGUCAUUGGUGAAGGGCAUUAAAUCAGCCGGAAAGGUUGUGUAUGUCACCUCAACUCUGCCAUUCAUCGUGCUCAUCAUUCUUCUCGGAAUAGGAGCUGCACAGGACAACGCUGUCGAAGGAAUACUUUAUUUCAUCACUCCUAAGUUCAGCAAAUUGUUGGAAAUUAAUACCUGGCGAAAUGCUGCUGAACAAAUGUUCUACUCGCUGUCCGUUGCCUUUGGAUCGUUGGUAAUGUUGGGAUCGUACAAUCAGAGGAACAACAACUGCUACCAGGAUGCUAUGAUCGUGUCCAUUGCUGAUACCUUGACCAGUGUCACAGCCGGCCUCAGCCUCUUCGCCAUUUUGGGUUAUCUGGCCGGAGCGACAGAUUCCCCUAUUGAAUCUGUAGCAGUUUCCGGGCCUGGACUUGCGUUCGUGACCUUUCCCGAAGCGGCCAGUUUGAUGUGGGGAUCUCAUUUCUGGGCAAUACUCUUCUUCGUUAUGUUGUUCACUCUCGGCUUAGGUUCUCAGAUUGGUACUCUGGAGACUGUGCUGACUGUACUUUACGAUCGGUGGCCAUCACUGCGAACAAAAAAGCCACUGAUGUGCGGGAUAUUUUGUUUUGGAUGCUUCAUCUUGGGAUUCCCUUUCAUGUUGCAGGGAGGUAUUGACCUUUUCGACAUCUUCGACUCCUAUGCCGGUGGAUUCAGCGUGCUGUUCCCGGCAUUCUUCGAGAUUGUAAUUGUCAUGUGGGUGUAUGGGCUCGAUCGGUUCAUUGAUGACCUCAAGGAUAUGCUUGGCAAACGAGGAGAUGUUGGAUACUAUUGGAGAACAACUUGGGGUUUUCUGGCGCCGUUGACCCUAUUUUUUAUUUUGGUUAUUUCGUUUGUCUUCUACUCGCCACUUAAUCACGGUGAAACGCUGCCAGCAUGGGCGGAUUUAAUUGGAUGGGGACUCGCUCUGGCAUCUAUUAUCCAGAUUCCCGUCUUUGCAGUCAUUGUAGUAUGGCAAACGCCGGGUAGAACGUUCGGCGAGAAACUACACGAAGCCAUGUGGCCGCGCGAAAUUAUGCAAAGUAACCCGGUCGUUUUGCAUAAUGAAAUACCUCUGUCGGAAAAGCAAACUCCUAAGUAUUUUGAUAACCAAGGCUUCGAAUCAUAGCAUUAUCGCGAGCGGCGAUAUUCCCAGUUGCUCUGUGAUCUACAUUCGAGUAAUUUGUAGUUUUCUAAAGUGUUGUAUUAAUACAAAUAUAUUCCGUCUUGGUUUUGUACAGAAAAUGCACGCCUAACUGGAAUUGUACAAGUACUUCAGUUACAGUACUUGAGUGAGAACCUGACCAUUCACCGAUUGCAACCUAUUAAAUUUUGAGCACGA